CUCAAGUCCCAGGUGGCAAAGAAUCCUCAGCAAUCUUCUGACAAGGCAGUAAAGAGAGAAGAGAGAGGGCGUGAGGAAGAGCAGCUUCUAAAUUGAAGUCCUCCUUCAGACACUGAGUCGGUGAGAAAUAGUCAUCAGGAGAGAAUGCAAUGGCCACCAUGACAGAGUUGAGUUCCACAGAAGAAAAGAAUAAGUACUCCCAAGAUACGCAAGUGGAUGAGAAGCUCAUUCUCAGGAAAGCUCCAAGCUUGUGUUCCACCCGCUAUGGAAUAGCCUUCCUCGCACAUCUCUGCAACUUCACAAUAAUGGCACAAAAUGUUAUCAUGAACAUCUCCAUGGUCACCAUGGUCAACAGUACAGGCCAUCAGUCCCAGUUUAACAACUCCACUGAGGGGCCGCCUGUUGACUCAUUUGGAGGCCCAAAUAAUGCCCCAAAGAGUCUUCCUGCAGGGAAGGCCCCUGUGUAUGACUGGAGCCCUCAAAUCCAAGGCAUCAUCUUUGGUUCUAUCAACUAUGGCAUGCUGCUGACACUGGUUCCCGGUGGAUACCUGGCUGGAAGAGUAGGAACAAAACGAGUGCUUGGUUUUUCUUUGUUUGGAUCCUCAAUUCUCAGUCUCUUCACCCCUCUGGCAGCUGACCUUGGACUGGUUUUCCUUAUUGCAACACGACUUCUCCAGGGCCUAACCCAGGGAUCAGUCUUUGGGGGUCAGUUUGCACUUUGGGAGAGAUGGGGUCCUCCACAUGAACGAAGCCGCCUCUGCUCCUUUGCUUUAUCAGGAAUGAUAAUGGGAGCCUUCAUGGCCAUCCUCCUGGGUGGUGUCAUCUCUCAAGCCCUGGGGUGGCCUUUCGUCUUCUAUAUCUUUGGAGGCAUUGGCUGUGUCUGCUGCCUUCUCUGGUUUGUUCUGGUUUAUGAUGACCCUGUCUCACACCCAUGGAUAAAUGUCACAGAAAAAGAAUACAUCAUAUCCUCCUUGGCCCAACAGGUCAGCUCUUCUAAGCAGUCUCUUCCCAUCAAAGCUGUGGUCCGAUCGCUUCCCUUUUGGUCCAUUUGUUUUUGCAGUUUCAGCCAUCUGUGGUUAAUUAACAUAUUUAUUGUAUACACACCAACUUACAUCAGCAGUGUGUUCCAUGUUAACAUCAGAGAUAAUGGGUUCCUGUCUGCCCUUCCCUUUAUUGUUGCCUGGGUCAUUGGUGUCCUGGGAGGCCACCUGGCAGAUUUCCUUCUGACCAAGAAUUUUAGGAUUGUUACAGUCAGGAAAAUUGCUACAGUUCUUGGAAUUCUCCCUCCCUCAGCAUUCCUGGUGGCUCUGCCUUACCUCACCUCCAGCUAUAUCACAACAAUGACCCUCCUGACGCUGGCUUGUGGACUAAGCUCAUUAUGUCAGACAGGGGUCUAUAUCAAUGCCUUGGAUAUUGCUCCAAGAUACUCCAGUUUUCUCACGGGAGCCGCAAGGGGAUUUGCACAAAUAGCAGCUGUCCUGGCACCCACUGUUAGUGGAUUUCUCCUCAGUCAGGACUCUGAAUUUGGGUGGAGGAAUGUCUUCCUCUUGAUGUUUGCCAUUAACCUCUUAGGACUGCUCAUCUACCUCAUAUUUGGAGAAGGAGAUGUCCAAGACUGGGCUAAAGAGAGGAAACUCACUCGUUUAUGAAGUAAUUCCACCUCAGAUGAAAAGUCUUUAGGCACCUUAUUCAUAAAUGAGAAGGCUUCAGUGAUGAAAAUACCAACAGAAAGAAUUGUGUUCGCUGUGGCUCUUCUCAAAUCCAAGAUCAGUUCUUUAUUUUACUCAGAUUUAUUUUUGAGGAAAAUAUAAGCUGAAUGAAAAUUCAAAUAAAAUGAUAGCCAACAACAAAGUUGUCAUCUUCAUAGAAUUAACAAUGGAUUCGGAGGAGCUGCCAUGCAGGAGCCAAUAGGCUCCAUUCACAGUUUCUGGAUCUCGAAACAGGAAAUAAUGUUUUGAAAUUCUCAAUCUAGGGUGGUAACCUCACUAGGGCAAUGAUUUUUCCUGUUUGUGAAAAUGAUUAUUAAUUUAUAUUUGUUGGGCUGGAUAUAUUGUUAAUGUGUUCCUCCCUUUGUGCGCUACACUCUACUUCAUCCUGUGCAGGCCAAGGAGGCUGACCCGCAUGGCUUGCAUCCCACCCUCCUUUGUCCAAUGGCUUCUGCUGGAUUUCAACGGAGGUAGGAGAGUGAGGACAGGGAGUAUCUAUCUUUAAGGUUCCUCCUUAUAGGGUCUGGAGUUGGCUGAUCCUUCCACUACCGUUCACAGCUCCUGACAGGUAGCUCCUCCACAUGUUCUGGUAACUUCUCUCUUCCCCUGUCUCUUCAGGUCCUUUUUUUUUGCCUUUAUUUUGCUAGCUCUGGGAUUCCCCACAGUAUCUUAGGAUUUCCUUACCACCUUCCCAACCCUGUGUAAAAUGUCUCUUUUAACACUGUGCUCAAAUUACUCAGUGUAAGUCUGCCAUGUUUUCCUUCUGAGAUGCAACUAAUUCCAUGGUCAAAUCAUAUAUAAAGCUUCAAACAUCAAAUGGAUCAGUAUUUUUGUAAAAUGACAAUUCAUAGGUAUCAGUGGGUCAGAGCAUGUUCAGAGGGGCCAGGACCAUGUUCUAGGUUGCUUCUUGUGGUGAUCUCUACCAUGCAGGCAGAGAUUACAGCCAUCAGGUCAUUUUGUAUAGAGGUGAUGUAGUGGACAUUAGUUAUGAGUGAAAAAUUAGGGCAAGGAUGUUGAAAGUCAAAUCUAAAUAAAUUCAAUAAUUACUGAGAUCUUGCUAUAGUCUAGAGUCUAGGCCCUUGGGACAGUAAAUUAAAUUAGACACAGUCACUAUGCCCCAUUCUAAUAUGGAGGACAGACAUAAUAAUAGAUGACAGUGCAUGUCUUAGUUACAAUAGCAGGGGGACAUCCAGGCCAUCAUGGGAGACCAGAUGAAGGGUUCCAAUCCCGAACUGGAAAGCACAGGGGAGAUCUCCUUCAGCAAGUAAUUCCUGAGCUAAAUGUUAGAUAGGAAGUAGUAUGGUAAGAUUUCCCACACUGGCGCACAACUUGUGCAAAAGCAUGAAAACAAGAAACAGAAUUGGUUCUGAAGGGAAUCACCUGCCUGCGUGGUCAGUUAUGAAAGUACAGAAGAUGAGUUUAGGGAAAUGGGCAUUACCACAGCAUGGAGGUCUUGUCUGCCAUGUUAGGGAGCUUGAGGGAUAUCUCACAAGCAAUAGUGACAUGAGCAGAUUUUGUCUCUAGAUAGAACACUCAGCCCCAAUUGCAGAAUCAGCAAGACUAGUUAAAUGACCACCUGUGCAAUGGUCCACACAGCAUUGGUGAGGACUUAACUAGGGUAGGCAGAGCUAAGAUGGAGAGAAGAAGAGAGACAGGAAAAAUGUUUAGGAGGUAGAAUUGAAAGAUCAUGGCAUUUGGUUAGCUGGAUACAGGAGAAGAGAGCAGUUAAGGAGUCUUGGGUCUUUAACCUGAGAGACUGGAUAGAGAAUGGUCUGAACAAUUAAGCCAGAGAAUGCAGGAAGAGGAGGCCCUUUCAGAAAGAAGAUAAUGAGUUGACUUUGGGACGUGUUGUGUUAGUGGUAAUAGUGGGAUUAUCGAGUGGGCAUAUCUAUUAAUUUCCUGGGGCUGCCAUAACAGAGUACCACUAACUAGUGGCUUAAACAACAGUGAUUUUUUUUGUCUCACAGCUCUAGAAGUCUGAAAUCAAAAUCUCAACAGAGUUGGUUCCUUCUGAGGGCUGUGAGGGAGACUCUGUCCCAUGCCUCACUUCUCGUAGCCUCAGGCAUUCCUUGACUUGUAGAUGGCUUUCUCCCUGUGUCUUCAUAUCAUCUUCCCUCUGUACAUGUUUGUCUCUGUAUCAAAAUGUCCCCUUUUUAUAAGGACACUGGUCAUAUUGGAUAAAGGCCCACCUUAAUGACUUCAUCUUAACUUGAUCAUCUACAAAGGCCCUAUUUCCAAAUGAGGUGACAUUAACAGGUACAGGGAGUUAGGACUUCAGCACCUUUUGGGGAGACACAAUUCAACAUAAAACAGCAAGCCCAACAAACAGCCAGACCAUAAAUCUGAAACUUGUAGAAAGGGACUGGGCUGGAGACAAAGAUAUAGGAGAAAAGAGCAGAUGUUCAGCACUAAAUUCUGGAAUGUUUCAUGCUCAGAGAGUCUGUGAAUGGAAAAGCACCAAACCAAAGACAGAAUGUCAACACUAAAGGAGUGAGCAGAAUAAGAAAUCCCCCCUCAUAACAGAGAUGAAAAAGGCAAGCUUGCACAUAUGAGGAACAAUAGGAGGAUACAGCUAUCAUGGAAACUCAUAAACAUGGAUGGCCUUUAAGAAAGAUGGCAUGUCAGCAAUAACAAGUAUAGUGGAGUUCAGUUAGAUGAGGUCAGGAAAGGAACCCAGUCAUCUUCUGACUAGUUUACUGGUAGCUUUUUCAAGGCACAUUUAUCAGAGAUGCGUGUUUGCAGGUCAGUUUGCAGUUUGCUGGUGAGUGAAUGGGAGUUAGAAAAUAGAGAAAGCAAGACAAAUAUUUUCACAAAGUUCAGUUGGGAAGAGAGGAGAUGGGAAGAUAGCCAGAGGAGGAUACAGGAAAAGGACAAGUGACCUAAGGGGGAAAGGGACUGGCCCAUGGGAGGCUUUGGGGAAGAAAUAGUGGAGUGGGAGUGAAGUUGUAGAAGGAUAGGGCAAAGAGAUGGAGCAAGGUCUUGGAGGACACAAAAAGGACUCUGAUGCAGGAGUUUAGAAAGAAAAUAUAAAAUCAGAAAUGUAAAUUUUCUCUUUAAGAAAUGGAGUCCAGGAAACCAUGAACAAAAUGAAAAGGCAACCUAUGGAAUGGGAGAAAAUAUUUGCAAAUAAUAUAUCU